UGUGGAAUUUGCCCCAUCCCAUAGCUCUGUUGUGUUGCUCUUCAGUGCAAGAGUUCUACAGCACGAGUUUGCAAUGUAGUGACUUUCUUCAAACACAUGUGUCAAGUUCGCAUCAAAGUGAUGGCUCUGUUUAUAGCGGGUGGGGCUGCGGCAGUGGCAGGCCUUAUAUACGCUAAUAUUGACUGGUAUAAGAAUGUUCCUAAAGCUGACUACCCCUAUCUAAAAAGCAUCACUCUUCAAUAUCUCGAUGGUUCUGAUAAGGCAAUAGCUGCGAGUGAUUUAUGGAGUAAAAAUGGUGCAGUCAUCAUGGCUGUGCGGAGACCUGGAUGAUCCUUAUGCAGGGAGGAAGCUGCAGAGCUUGCCUCCCUGCGACCCGAACUGGACAAAUUAGGGGUUCCCUUGAUUGGUGUGGUUCAUGAAAAAAAAGGAGUCAAGGAGUUCAAGCCAUACCUCAAUGGCGAGAUUUACUUUGACCCCAAGAGAAAGUUCUAUGGUCCUCAAGAACGAUGGAUGUUCCUAAGUGGGUUCCUGCGGCCUGGUGUCUGGCAGUCUGUGUUCCGAGCCAAGGGGAAAGGCAUCAGUGGUAACCUAGAUGGGGAGGGGCGUAUACUAGGUGCGGUGUUUGUCAUGGGUGCAGGCGACCAAGGCAUCCUAUUGCAGCACAGAGAGAAGCAGUUUGGCGACCAUGUAGACAUCAAUGAUGUGAGAGAAGCUGUGGCCAAGAUUAAGCCAGCUCAGUAAAA